UUCACCCAUAAAAGGGGCUCUCGGCCCUAGAGGUCCACCAGAGGAGUCUUUGCCAGGCUGCAGGAUGCUGACUGAGGACGACAAGAACCACAUCCGGGCCAUCUGGGGCCAUGUGAGCAGCAACCCAGAGCUCUAUGGGGCCGAGGCCCUGACCAGGCUCUUUGCUGCGCACCACACCACCAAGACCUACUUCCCGCACUAUGACAUGAGUCCUGGCUCGGCGCAGAUAAAGGCGCAUGGCAAGAAGGUGGUGGAGGCCAUCACGCAGGCUGUCAACAACCUGGACGACAUUGCCGGUGCCCUUGCCAAGCUGGCCGACCUCCAUGCCGAGAAGCUCCGUGUUGACCCUGUCAACUUCCCGCUCCUGGGCCACUGCCUCCUGGUGACCAUCGCCGCCCACAACCGGGGUCCCUUGAAGCCAGAGUUCAUCCUCGCCCUCGACAAGUGUUUCACCAGCAUCGGCAGGGUCCUGAUCGCCCAGUACCGCUAAAGACGAAGACCCCCAUCCCCGGCAGAGAGAGGGCCCCCUCCGGCCCACAAAGCCUCACAAAGAGAACCUAAUAAAGAAAACCCUUGACUUCUGAUGCA